UUAAGUGCGUGGAGCUGUUCACUUCACCCAAGUUUGCCAUGAUGAUUUCUAAUGAGACUAGUUCAUAAGGUAAUUUCGUGUUAUUUUAAAUAUUUGAUUUCAUUGACUGUAAAUUGUUAAUGCAUGUAAACAGCCUACAUCGCUAUCGUUUCAGUACUGUAGAAAGCUACAGGCUAACAUCUUAUCUGGCCAGACAUUAAAUUGGCCUGCCGUUAGCUAGCUAGCUAAUUUAUAACAGCAUAUUGAAUAAACGUAGCUAGCUAGCUAGCUAAGCUAUUCAGUUUCAAACACACUUACAAUCUUACCGCUACACUAUUCAAAGCAGUCUUUGACCAUUCAUUUGAAAUGUAUUUUAAACGUUUAACUGGAUGUUACUGUAACAGUUCAACGUGAUCUCUGUAACGCUAUGCUUCUGACAGUGUGUCAGUGGCACGUGGAGGGUAAACAACACUGCACACUUAGCUACAAAACCAACCACAAGGUGGAGUUUAAAAUCAAAUCCAAUCAAAUUGUAUUGGCCACAUGCGCCGAAUACAACAGGUGCAGACAUUACAGUGAAAUGCUUACUUACAGCCCUUAACCAACAGUGCAUUUAUUUUUAAUAAAAAAAGUAAAAUAAAACAACAACAAAGUGUUGAAAAAAAAAGAGCAGAAGUAAAAUAACAGUAGGGAGGCUAUAUAUACAGGGGGGUACAGGUGCAGAGUCAAUGUGCGGGGGCACCGGCUAGUUGAGGUAGUUGAAGUAAUAUGUACAUGUGGGUAGAGUUAAAGUGACUAUGCAUAAAUAAUUAACAGAGUAGCAGCAGCGUAAAAAGAUGGGGUGCAAAUAGUCUGGGUAGCCAUGAUUAGCUGUUCAGGAGUCUUAUGGCUUUGGGGUAGAAGCUGUUGAGAAGUCUUUUGGACCUAGACUUGGCGCUCCAGUACCGCUUGCCGUGCAGUAGCAGAGAUAACAGUCUAUGACUAGGGUGGCUGGAGUCUUUGACAAUUUUGAGGGCCACCUUUCAAACGUGGACUCCGGCAUGGAGCGCAUGUUUUUGUUCCAGCCCAGUACUCUGUUAAAGAAGACCCAGCAGCCUAUUUAGGAGGUUCUGCAGCAGCAGUUGAGACAAGUCAGUAGAUCAGGUCCAAAUAGGUAUAAUAGUGUAGGUGAUGAAGAAGAUUGGAUUCAGAGGUUAUUUCCUAAAUAUACAGAUGAUGAUGAUAAUAGUUGACAAACUUAACUGGACUUGAGUACAAAAGGCAUAACAAUGCAAGUUACAUUACAGAAGCUGCGUUUACACAGGCAGCAGCCCCAUUCUGAUCUUUUGCCCAAUUAUUGGCAAAAGAGCUAAUCUGAUUGGUCAAGACCAAUUAGUGGGGGAAGAAAUGUGAAUUGGGCUGCCUGUGUAACCAGAGUGCCAAUAGAAUAAACUGGCAGAGCUAUUAACUCACGUUACUUUGACAAGCAGCUAUUUCCCCUGGACCUAGAAUGAGGACCUGCCCGGCCUAACCUGGCAUAAACCACUCAGUAAAUUAUUAAUUAGAAAUAACACUAAUUAACAUUUCACAUGUAAGACAUAAUUUACAUAAAUGUGAAUGUUUACAAUAAACAAUGAAAACACCGCCUAAGAUGCAGAAAUCUAAUACUGUUAGGCGCGCAAGCUGUGGCUAAAGCUGUGAACUUUAUGGUGCGGUGGUGAGUACAGAUUGGCAUUAUGAUACGUUCAUAACAUGUGGGAAACUCUGAAAAUCCUUUUUGUAAACUGGGUUCAAUUAGUUGUGUGCAUUCACAUGCUUUGAAUACGUUGAGAACGCUGAUUGGCUAAUGCCAAAAAAAGUAGGGCUAUCAUGCUGGUAAACAAAUUCUAGUGUUCAUAAACCAUAUUAAUAGGUAAAAAAUUUAAAUAAAUGCUGUUAUUGAGGUAAUUUCCUUAGUAUGUGACGUCAGAGUUCAGCAUGUGGGAGAACUCAUAGCUCAGAGAUGAUAGACGAGCUUCCCACUAGUAAUUACCAGUUGGAGGGGCGUUCAAGUGGAUUUUUCCCAGUCUUAUUCUGGUAUUUACGAGAUGUAAUGAACGCAGCAUUCAAACAAAAUAAAUGAUAAUGAUAACCAGACUGGCGUGUUUUCUUUUACAUGUAGCGAUGCACAAUGUUGGAUGGGACUAGCGAUAGCAUAGUUAGGUAAGCAACACAUUUAGUAGAAACAGAGUUAAUGUGGGGGAGAAAUAUAGGGAAAUGUCCGAGUCAGUUACUUGAAGAUAGCUGACAGGCACAUCACACAGACACAUGGGGUGCGUUCAGUUCGCCUCAACGUUUGCUACAUUGUGUGACGGUUUGCACUGAAUGACACGUUUCCUCAAAACGGUGCACAUUGUUCUUCAACAGCCUUUGAGGUACGUUUGCUCCCAUUUGGUGGGUGUGGCGAGGUGUGGCCUGAUCAAUAUGGGUGUGACCAAACUCGUGCAGCACACCAUACGGUAAUAAUGACACUCUGGGCCACCAUAAUCAAUGUUUUUCAACUGGUCGUUCAGUACAGUACAGUUUCCGUUUAAUUCAAGGUUGCAUACUGUUCUGUCGUACUGAACACAACCCUGAUUUAAUCAAUCUAGGUUCAUGAUAGUUGAUUAGUUGGAUGAUCAGAUGUGUUAGUGGCGGCUGGUACAAAAGUAUCAACACUGAGUUCCCAAUUCCACGAUUGAAGAAGAAAUAAGUGGGCUCAGGAGAAGAUUAGUUUGAUGUCAAGCAGUGCUACUGCUAAGCAUAAAUGCUAAGAUACUGCUAAGCAUUAAUGCUAAGAUACUGCUAAGCAUUAAUGCUAAGAUACUGCUAAGCAUUAUAAAAUGUGUAUAAUAUCUUGUGUGCAAAUGAAACUCCCCCACUAAUUCCACAGCUCUCACAGACCCCUGUAGAUCCAUACCUGCAGUGUUCUGUUCAUCAUGAUAACUCCAGCGUUUGAGUUGAGCCAGGACCCAGUUUUCCUAAUCCUGACCAUCCGUGUGCCCUACACUAGAACAUCAGAGUUUGAUCUCUACAUCGAUGGAGAUGAUUUCAAAUUCUAUGCCAAGCCUUACUUCCUCAGGUGAGUGACUGACCAUCAGUCACAUUUCUAUGCUGCCAUUAUUGAAGUCACUAUAUUCAUGUUUUCUUUGAAAAUCUUGUUUUUAUAUAUAUUUUGAAAGGUAUAUACAUUUGUAGUAAUUAAAUGCACACAGUUGCACCAUGAUAUGCUGUAAUUGUGUCAAAAUGCUGAUAGGCCACCUUCAUGUUUAGUUCUAACACAUUUUGAAUCUCUUAUCAAGACUGAAUUUACCUGGAAAACUAGUGGAGGAUGGGAGGGAAAAGGCCUCCUUCGACAUUGAUAAAGGUAAUGUUUGGUUUUUACACUUUGUUCAUGUUUUUAUUGAUAAGGAAUCAUUCAUUAGUAGUUUUGCUGUUGGCUCUUUGCAUUUUGGAAUGGAUGCGUGUGGUUGAAAGAAAAUGCAGGCUUUCAUAUUCUGAUGAAAACAGACCACCUAAUGCAUCGUUGAUAGUGCAUUAUUGACCCUUUCAUUGAAACACAAUGUCACCCUAUCGUUGUCAGUGCGUGUGUCCUCUUGAGCUCCCAGUAAUCAAAUCAGCAUUACUGGUGGUUAGAAGGAUGUUCUCACUAGACUCCACAGUGUGUAGUUAGCACUACAGCUAGUCAGAGCCACUCUAGCAGGACCCUUAGUGAUGCGGCUGAUAGCAGAGUCAGUGGGAUUGAUCCCUGGUGUCUCUUUACCACUCACUACAGAGACAGCCACACAGACUUCAUUACUGGUUAUGCUAUUAGAUAUGAAGGGCCAUUUGACCUGUCUGUGAUGUAACAAAUGCCUCCUGCAGCUUAUUUCUGCGCAUUUCUAGUGACACUUGGCCUUUUUUGUUUUAUUCAUGUAUUUAUUCUAUUUACCAACUCAUUCUCAUGAGGCUACUUUGCUUAGAAUCCAUUUUUUCAGUUAGGAGUGGAAUACUCAGAUCAAUUUUUAAAUCAAUUUCAUUUCCAAUUAUCUCUUUUGAUUAUGUUGGGUUGGUGAAGCGUUAGCCUUAUGCUCGCUGACACAACAUUGGCCCUCAAUCAGCGAUGCCCUGUUUGACACACUGUGUCUAAAUAAGCCACUAACUGCUGCUAAUAUAGCUUCUCUAAUGGGAGUCCCGGUUUAUACUCGCAAUUAGAAAUCAUUACGAUACAUCUUUUUAGGGCUGGGCGAAAUAGUCAAAUGUAUGUAUUUGACGUUAUUUGAUGGUUCUGAAUAAUACAAAUUAUAAAUAUGCUUUAUUAGUAGUGCAUGACCCUUGAAUGGCAACAAAUUAAUUGUAUGGGCUUUCUCCAUUCUGAUUUAUUUGAUACCCAUUCAAGUAGUCAAAUUUGGAAAACUUUUUAUAUUUAUCCAGCACUGUGUCAACAUAUCGUUAUAGACAGUAUUGUAAAACUCCAUAUACUGGUAUUCACAAUAUAUCACCCAGCCCCACUGCCUUUGGACUCUUCAAGGCAGCCUCCUCUAAAGAGGCCCAUAGCCAAGGCAAUUAGCCGACUAGCAUAAAGCAUUUUUAAGGUAAAUACUCCAACAAAGUGUUGAAAGAUUUAUGAGGUUUUUAAAAGGGAUUAAGACUAGGAAAUUAUCUCCUUGGCUAGAGGUGGAAUGGUCAUAUAUUUUAUAGACUGUGUAGUCCUUCUCUUGUAAUUGCUGUUUUGAGAGAAGUAAACCUCUGCUUUUGACUGAAUACGCGUCUGCAGAGAUUCAGUCAUGGAUUUAUCAUGAACAUUUAUUGUACUACAUGUAAAGAGCCAAAUCUAAUUGAUGAAAAAUGCUUCCGGACUGUUUACAGGCAGACAAUGCUAUCCGAUUUGCUUCCACAUUGUCUACGUCUCUACACCUUGUACAGCUACACAUUCAGUUGUUGCAUUUCUCAAACCGAAGAUCUCUGCUGCAGUGCUGCCAAUUGUUUCACCUGCUCCCUGAUGUUCUCUGUGUGUCCCAGGUCUUUUUACCCUGCGCGUCCCCAAGGAGACAGCAGGGGAGCACUUUGAAGGGCUCCAGAUGCUGACUAGUCUCCUGGCUCCCAAAGGCUCCCGCUCAGCCAAGCCUCUGGUGGAAGACAUGGGUAUGUUGAAGUGUCAUAACAUUUACAUUUUAGUCAUUUAGCAGACGCUCUUAUCCAAAGCGACUUGCAAUUAGUGCAUUCAUCUUAAGAUAGCUAGGUGAGACAGCCACAUAUCACAGUCGUAGCAAGUACAUUUUCCCUCAAAGGAGAUAUCAACAAAGUCAAUGCUAGUAGGGGAAAAAAUAAAAUAAAUAUAUAUAUAUAUAUAUAUACCGUACCAGUCAAAAGUUAGGACAGACUUACUCAUUCAAGGGUUUUUCUUUAUUUUUACUAUUUUCUCCAUUCUCUCAACCAGCUUCAUGAGGUAGUCACCUGGUGUGCAGAAUUUGUCCUUUGGUCUGGAGUCCAAAUUGGAGAUUUUUGGUUCCAACUGCCGUGUCUUUGUGAGAUGUGGUGUGGGUGAACGGAUGAUAUCCGCAUGUGUAUUUCCCACCGUAAAGCAUGGAGGAGGAGGUGUUAUGGUGUGGGGGUGCUUUGCUGUGACACUGUGAUUUAUUUAGAAUUCAAGGCACACUUAGCCAGCAUGGCUACCACAGCAUUCUACAGUGAUACGCCAUCCCAUCUGGUUUGGGGUUAGUGGGACUAUCAUUUGUUUUUCAAUAGAAAAUAACACACCUCCAGGCUGUUUAAGGGCUAUUUUAUCAAGAAGGAGAGUGAUGGAGUGCUGCAUCAGAUGACCUGGCCUCCACAAUCCCCCGACCUCAAACCAGUUGAGAUGGUUUGGGAUGAGUUGGACGGCAGAGUGAAGGAAAAGCAGCCAACAAGUGCUCAGCAUAUGUGGGAACUCCUUCAAGACUGUUGGAAAAGCAUUCCAGGUGAAGCUGGUUGAGAGAAUGCCAAGAGUAUGCAAAGCUGUCAUCAAGGCAAAGGGUGGCUAUUUGAAGAAUCUCAAAUAUAAAAUAUAUUUUGAUUUGUUUAACACUUUUUUAGUUACUACAUGAUCCCAAAUGUGUUAUUUCAUAGUUUUGAUGUCUUCACUAUUAUUCUACAAUGUAGAAAAUAGUAAAAAUUAAGAAAAACCCUUGAAUGAUUAUGAGUACCAGUCAAAAGUUUGGACACACAUACUCAUUCAAGGGUUUUUCUUUAUUUUUACUAUUUUCUACAUUGUAGAAUAAUAGUGAAGACAUCAAAACUAUGAAAUAACACACGUGGUACACGUGUGACCAAAAGUAUGUGGACACCUGCUCGUCGAACAAUUAAUUCCUAAGUCAUGGGCAUUAAUAUGGAGUUGGUCACCCCCUUUUCUGCUAUAACAGCCUCCACUCUUCUGGAAAGGCUUUCCACUAGAUGUUGGAACAUUGCUGCAGGGACUUGCUUCCAUUCAACCAGAAGAGCAUUAGUGAGGUCAGGCACUGUUGUUGGGCGAUUAGGCCUGGCUCGCAGUUGGCGUUCCAAAUCAUCCCAAAGGUGUUCGACAGGUUUGAGGUCAGGGCUCUACGCAGGCCAGUCAAGUUCUUUCAGACCGAUUUCGACAAACCAUUUCUGUAUGGACCUUGUGCACAGGGACAUUGUCAUGCUGAAACAGGGAAGGGCCUUCCCCAAACUGUUGCCACAAAGUCGGAAGCAAAGAAUCAUCUAGAAUGUCUGCUGUAGCGUUAAGAUUGCCCUUCACUGGGAACUAAGGGGCCUAGCCUGAACCAUGAAAACAGCCCCAGACCAUUAUUCCUCCUCCACCAAACUUUACAGUUGGCACUAUGCAUUGGGGCAGGUAGCGUUCUCCUGGCAUCCGCCAAACCCAGAUUCGUCCGUCGGACUGCCAGAUGCUGAAGCGUGAUUCAUCACUCCAGCGAAGGCGUUUCCACUUCUCCAGAGUCCAGUAUGUUGCUGGAAUCCAUAUUGAUGUUUAUGUUAAGCUAAAAUCAAUAUCUCCCAAUGAAACUGCUGGAGUAAGGACUUAGAACAGAAAAACCCACUGGAUUUUGUCAUUGGUGAUGUUGUAAUACGAUUUGGCUUAAUGGUUUUGUUUCUCAUUAAGACAUUGAUGCUUUACAUUACAGAGGCGUGCGGUGGUAUUAUGGACGGUGAGGAAGAGGAUGAUGAAGAGGAGUUUGACUGGCAGGUUGAGCAGGAGGUGUACAUGGAAACCUCAGAGGAGCAGCUGAAGGAACUGCAGAAGUAUGGCUUUGGGAAUCAGAGGUCCGGAGUGUUCACUAGACUGCAGGUAAGGUCAUUCAUUGGCUUGGCAGUACUCUGUGCUUCUUGAAGACAAUGACUAGAAGUGAGUAGUGGAAUGGUAUCCUUUGAAAGCAUUGCUAGGUUUAUAAUGCGAUUGGUAUAGUUCACAUAAGUACGGCCAGGAGUUCUACCUGACCUUAUGACCUGAUCAGGAAAACAUAGCAUCAUGUACAGCAUGUGUCGGUUUAAUGGAGGAUUGUCCAAUCAGGAGGAGCUGAGUGAUGUCAUCGACGUCCGAAACCCAGAUGGAACCACAGUGUCAGAAAGGAGACGGGAACGGCUAGACGCUGAGACGUCCAUAUUCUGCCCUGACCAUUACCUGUGAGUCAUCCAAAGAAUAGUACCCCCUAAUUGAAUCAUUGUACAUCAUUAACAAAUGCACAGAUGAUAUCACUGAUUAAUUACAUUGUAUUCUAUCACUUUCAUUGUUAUGACACUGACCUGUUUGUGUCUGUAGUGCUGACCUGUUUGAAGACCAGGAGAUCCAGGGUCUGCUGAAGUUCUGCCCUUGGUGGUCUGAUCUGAGCCCAGACUCCAUCCGGCAGGGAGAGGCAGGUGAGCUGGAGUCCUCCCUAUCUAUCCCACCACUACCACACAUGAAAGGAUAGUUCAUCCUCAUUUCAUGUGCUAAAGCUUGACAUUAAGUUGCUAUUAUAUCUGUUAAAUUAUGCUGUAAUUCAUGUAGUAGCAUUGUAUUACAGAGUAGAAUAUAACCUAUAGUUUUAGCUCAGUUCACACAAAGAGCAGUAAGAGAUUUCCACCAGCAGGUGGUAUAUAAAUGCAGACAAUGAAAAAGGAACUUAACUUUGGUGUCAAACUAGUGAUCCCAGAAAGACAGAAGUAUACAUUUGUGUUAAUGUAUAAAUAAUUACUGUUUUAAACAUUUUAUAUCCAGUAUUGUUCAACUGUUUUGUUGGGUACUGUCAGUUGUGAGGUUGUGGCGUGAAGUUAGUUUAACAUUCACUGGAUUGAUGAAUUGAUGAGUUUGACAUUAAGACUACAGUGUUAGUUCUCUAAUGGUCAUUUGGAAAUGCAUCCCUGUGGUAUUGGUUCAUUUGGUUGCCUUUGUAUAUAGACCAUAUUCUAGAUCGUCAUUUCAGUUAUCAGCUCUUAGGGCUUUCCUUAAAAUGCAGAAUUUAACAAAAUGUCCCUAGCCAUCCCCCAUAUCCAGACUUGUAUCGCCAUUACCUCACUCUCCCACAAAUCCUAUUUCUCUUAUUUAUCUCUGGCAGUCCAUGACAUAAGAAAUCAAUUAGUCAUUUAAAAGGUGUGAUCCACGGCUGGCAGGCUGGGCCCCACAGGUUUGUUUUCUCUUCUCACUCAGAUGAGAGUGAUAAGGGCUUAUUGUGCCAUCCAGAUCUCCUAACAGCCUGCUAAUUCCUCUGCUCCCACAGCCUCAACGAACACAUGGCUCGUAGCCACAGUUUAUGUUAGUACAGUCGUGGUCAAAAGUUUUGAGAAUGACACAAGUAUUGGUCUUCACAAAGUUUGCUGCUUCAGUGUUAUGAGAUAUUUUUGUCAGAUGUUACUAUGGUAUACUGAAUUACAAUUCAAUUACAAGCAUUCCAUAAGUGUCAAAGGCUUUUAUUGACAAUCACAUUAAGUUUAUGCAAAGAGUCAAUAUUUGCAGUGUUGACCCUUCUUUUUCAAGACCUCUGCAAUCCGCCCUGGCAUGCUGUCAAUUAACUUCUAGGCCACAUCCUGACUGAUGGCAGCCCAUUCUUGCAUAAUCAAUGCUUGGAGUUUGUCAGAAUUUGUGUGUUUUUGUUUGUCCACCCGCCUCUUGAGGAUUGACCACAAGUUCUCAAUGGGAUUAAGGUCUGGGGAGUUUCCUGCUCAUGGACCCAAAAUUCAGAUGUUUUGUUCACCGAGCCACUUAGUUAUCACUUUUGCCUUAUGGCAAGGUGCUCCAUCAUGCUGGAAAAGGCAUUGGUCGGCACCAAACUGUUGGAUGGUUGGGAGAAGUUGCUCUCGGAGGAUGUGUUGGUACCAUUCUUUUUUCAUGGCUGUGUUCUUAGGCAAAAUUGUGAGUGAGCCCACUCCCUUGGCUGAGAAGCAACCCCAUACAUGAAUGGUCUCAGGAUGCUUUACUGUUGGCAUGACACAGGACUGAUGGUAGCACUCACCUUGUCUUCUCCAAACAAUCGGAAAGGGGAUUCAUCAGAGAGAAUGACUUUCCCCAGUCCUCAGCAGUCCAAUCCCUGUACCUUUUGCAGAAUAUCAGUCUGUCCCUGAUGUUUUUCCUGGAGAGAAGUGGCUUCUUUGCUGCCCUUCUUGACACCAGGCCAUCCUCCAAAAGUCUGCCUCACUGUGCGUGCAGAUGCACUCACACCUGCCUGCUGCCAUUCCUGAGCAAGCUCUGCACUGGUGGUGCCCCGAUCCCGCAGCUGAAUCAACUUUAGGAGAUUGUCCUGGCGCUUGCUUGACUUUCUUGGGCGCCCUGAUGCCGUCUUCACAACGAUUCAACCUCUCUCCUUGAAGUUCUUGAUGAUCCAAUAAAUGGUUGAUUUAGGUGCAAUCUUACUAGCAGCAAUAUCCUUGCCUGUGAAGCCCUUUUUGUGCAAAGCAAUGAUGACGGCAUGUGUUUCCUUGCAGGUAACCAUGGUUAACAGAGGAAGAACAAUGAUUUCAAGCACCACCCUCAUUUUAAAGCUUCCAAUCUGUUAUUCUAACUCAAUCAGCAUGAUAGAGUGAUCUCCAGCCUUGUCUUCGUCAACACUCACCUGUGUUAACGAGAGAAUCACUGACAUGAUGGCAGCUGGUCCUUUUGUGGCAGGGCUGAAAUGCAGUGGAAAUGUUUUUGGGGGAUUAAGUUCAUUUUCAUGGCAAAGAGGGACUUUGCAUUGGAUUGUAAUUCAUCUGAUCACUCUUCAUGACAUUCUGGAGUAUAUGCAAAUUUCCAUCAUCAAAACUGAGGCAGCAGACUUUGUGAAAAUUAUUAUUUGUGUCAUUCUCAAAACUUUUGACCACGACUGUACAGGAUGUCGUACUAUACGCUCAGGAAAGGAUUUAGAUUAAACAUUAUCACAGGAGGAUGUGCUGGGUUGAGAGUGCCAGGAUUCCUGUCUCUGCCUAGCACAGGAGAGAUCGCACAGCCAAACAGCCAUCAGUCAAUGCUACGCAGCACUGAUACACAACCCAUUAGCAGCAGGCAGGAGGAAUCCAGCAUUAAGUUUUCCUGCAGCUCUGUGGACUCCCUCUUCUCAUUCUGCAUUUUGAGCACUCAGCCGGAGCCCCGGCACAGUUAAAUGGGCCAAAUUAAACUUAAUGACUUAUCUGACAGCUGGAUGCGCGUUAGCCUUCCCCUGCCUGUCGAGAAAUGUAUUGGUCAGGAAAUGUAGCCGUUUGUAGUAAAAUCUUGAUAGCAUGCUUAUGAUUUUAAUAUAUAUAUAUAUAUUAUAAUGUGGGGAAGCUCAAUUCUUAUGCUUUCACAUUUUGGCCUCCUUCAGUUUUUUUCCCUUCCUCGCCUAUCCUAAGACAGAGAUAUACAGUAUAUGUCAGCUGACAGAUUGGUGUAGACACUAGUGCUAAUGAAGUAGAAACCCCACCCUGGGCCUGUGUGCCCCCUCUCUCUCCCCCGUGUCGAGGCCAGAGCACUGACCGGCCACAGCUGUCCACAUGAACUGAGUGGGCGGUGUUAAUCCAACACGACAGCCCUGUCUCUACCUGCAGCACUUCUUAUGGCUGGUUUGACAUGCCAGUGGCAGUCUGUGAUUCAUUGCAUUGACCCGCAGGUUCUUUCACUGCAGAAAAUGUACAUCUCAAACAAUUGCGCUUUCAGUUUAAUAUUGAGCGUUGAUGUUUGGCAAUCGAUGUAAACUGUAUUAAAGUUUCUGCGGACCCUAUGUGCCCCACACACAUUGUUCUGAACUACCAAGGUCAUACGUCAGAAGCCUCUCAGUGAUGCACGAUUAGCGGAGGUAUAUUUACUCCAUGUCACUGGUACCAUCUGGAGAUCGGGCCAUGCUACGGGGGCAGACUGCUCAGAAGACUGGAGGAACUAGGUCACAAAUUCAUCUCCAUUCAUCUGACCCCACCCUUCCUCCCCCCCUUUCACUCGAUUGGCUAGGAUCAAAGCUGAGAUCAGUGAGUGCCAUUUAGAUUGGAUAAGAUUAAAAGAUCUAAUGGGACAGAUAGCUGUCUCUUGGAUGAAUGGAGCUCUGCGGCUGCAUUAUGUAGGCCUAGUUAGCUUGUGAUUGACAGUUUAAUGGUCAGCAGUAAUCCCACAUUUAUCCUGUUUAAAAUGUCUCUCUUUAGAUCAGUUACGUGUGGGGGAAAAAAAACAGGAUUAAUAAUAACUGAUGCCCUCUAAGAUGUAGGCUAGAUGUCACUGAAUGACGACAGAUUUUAGAACAUCUUGAUAAAUGCUGGACUGCUGUUCUAAUAAAGAGACAAAGGAACCUGUUUGCCAGCAGGCCUAUCCCUUUUCCUGAUCCCUUUCUCCCGGUCGCAGCCGGCUGCGACAGAGCCUGGACUCGAACCAGGAUCUCUAGUGGCACAGCUAGCACUAAGAUGCAGUGCCUUCGACCACUGCGCCACUCGGGAGGCCAUGUAUUACGAUUCUCACGAUUCUAUAUGUAUUGCAAUUCGUUACUGUGAUUUUAUUGCGAUUCGAUGGUCCAAACAUAAUGCUCACCAUACAUUACAUGACCAAAAGUGUGUGGACACCCGCUCGUCGAGCAUCUCAUUCCAAAAUCAUGGACAUUAAUAUGGAGUUCGUCCCCCCUUUGCUGCUAUAACAGCCUCCACUCUUCUGGGAAGGCUUUCCACCAGAUCUUGGAACAUUGCUGCGGGGACUUGCUUCCAUUCAUCCAGAAGAGCAUUAGUGAGGUCGGGCACUGAUGUUGGGCGAUUAGGCCUGGCUCGCAGUCAGUGUUCCAAUUCAUCCCAAAGGUGUUCGAUGGGGUUGAGGAUAGGGCUCUGUGCAGGCCAGUCAAGUUCUUCCACACCGAUCUCGACAAACCAUUUCUGUAUGGACCUUGCUUUGUGCAUGGGGCAUUUUCAUGCUGAAACAGGAAAGGGCCUUCCCCAAACUGUUGCAACAAAGCACAGAAUCAUCUAGAAUGUCAUUGUAUGCUGUAGCGUUAAGGCUUCCCUUCACUGGCACUAAGGGGCCUAGCCCGAACCAUGAAUCAGCCCCAGACCAUUAUUCCUCCUCCACCAAACUUUAUAGUUGGCACUACUGUAUGCAUUAGGGCAGGUAGCGUUCUCCUGGCAUCCGCCAAACCUAGAUUUGUCCGUCGGACUGCCAGAUGGUGAAGCAUGAUUCAUCACUGCUCCAGAUUCCAAUGGCGGCGAGCUUUACACCACUCCAGCCGACGCUUAGCAUUGCGCAUGGUGAUGUUAGGCUUGUAUGCAGCUGCUUGACCAUUGUAACCCAUUUCAUGAAGUUCCCGACGAACAGUUCUUGUGCUGACGUUUCUUCCAGAGGCAGUUUGGAACUCAGUAGUGAGUGUUGCAACCGAGGACAGAUGAUUUUUACGCGCUUCAGCACUUGGCAGUCCCGUUCUGUGCACUUGUGUUGCCUACCACUUUGUGGCUGAGCCGUUUUUGCUCCUAGACGUUUCCACUUCACAAUAAAAUAGGUUACAGUUGUCCGGGGCAGCUCUAGCAGGGCAGAAAUUUGACGAACUGACUUGUUGGAAAGGUGGCAUCCUAUGACGGUGCCACGUAAGGGCAUUCUACUGCCAAUGUUUGUCUCUGGAGAUUGCAUGGCUGUGUGCUCGAUUUUAUACACCUGUCAGCAACAGGUGUUGCUGAAAUUGCUGAAUCCACUAAUUUGAAGGGGUGUCCACAUACUUUUGUAUAUAUAGUGUAUGUCUGCUGCAGAGAGACAAGGGGGAGCCAUGAGAAAACAAGUUUUGAUCAGUCAUGGAAUUAAACGUGCUGGAAACAAAUUGGCUCCCUAUUUAAAAAGAAAAUGGAGAACAAGCUAUGAUGGAAAAAUACUGGAGUUUUUGUGCAAGUACAGCCAACUAGCGCAAAAAUAAUAUUGCGACAUUGUCAAAACGAGAUGAUAUAUCGUCAAAAAUAAUAUCCCGAUAUGUGUGUGUUUCCUACACUCGGGCAGCUGGAUGUGGGCCAGUGGGGCGCUGAGUUUCUCCCCAGCGUCCUGGUUGAUCUCCCGGGGAGGUGCGGUGAGGGGGAGGUGUGUGCUCUGCUUGGCCAGGCUGGGCUGCUGCAGCUGCACUGGCAAGGGAAUCGGGGUACCGUCUGCAGGGAUCUAAGCCCUGACGUAAUGGAGCAGGAAUCCAAUUCCCACCAGAGCCAAGAGCCCAGUGCAGCCAAGAGGAUCAUUUGAAACUGCUGCUGUAGUAUGUGCACGCACAGUCAAGCCCACACACUCAGGGGCUCAGUAUAGGGGCUGUCCCCACUUGCACCCCCCUCAAUAGGCAAAGGGAAGGAUUGCUUUCAGCUGUUCCAUAAGCUGCAGAGAAAGUGCUGACUUUGAAUCUGUUCUUUCAGACAUUCAGCUUGGUUUUCAGCACUGAAAGUUGCAAAUAAAACUUUACAAAUUAAAUUUGGGUCGAAGGGUAUCUUGAUCAGUAACUGAGGAAGAAACUCAGGGAAUUUAUUAUUUCCAAAUGAACUGAUAACCUAGUGCUUUCCUUGCACAAUUCAAGCCAUGGGCUAUCUCUGCAACAUAAUAGAAAUUAUGGAUCCCUCUUUUGCUUCAUAGUAGAAUAUGUGCAUGAACUGUUAGAAAUGAAUGCAUUUGUAGGCAUGAUUAGGCCUAUGUGUAUGGACUGUUGUUUUGCAGCAGUGUCCUUCACUGAUGAUGAGAAGGAGCAGCUGAGGAAAUUUACCAACCAUUCCUACUUCCUGGACAAGAAGUCUCGUUUCCAGGUGUGGCUCAGCCUGGUGGACAUCAUCCUGGCAUACUGCUACGAAGUGCGCACUACAGCGGGAGAGCACAACGUGAGUCAGCGACCGACAAGAGAUAGUCACAUUGCAGUUAGCCUUGAAUGACAAAUCUCUAUCCUCCAUGGGCUUACACCAAGAUCCUAUAGGGAUCUUGAGAGUUUUAUGUUGUCUUACUGUCACUAACCUUGUCUUGUCUGUUGGAAGUAGAUGUUUAAGUGAUAAUACCAGAGAAGCCUGUGUUUGGAGGAUGUAUUGGUAUGAGUGUUGUUCGCAAACCGUGCCAAUAUAUCCUCCGAACACUGCCUUCGAGGGCAUAAUCACUUUUAACAACCGGUUACCGACAUUCAAAUAAUGAUUGACAUGCUUUCAUUAAAAAGGUUAUUUUGAUGAAUUUAUUCAUACUAUUUCAUCCUUCCACGAGAUCUAGUCCAGACACAAAUCUAGGGUUGCUACCCAAGCCGGCUGGUCGUUUAUUCUAUCGGUUAGUUUGCCAGAGACGCGACCCAGUCUUAGUCUUUUUGUUCCCAGUCGUUCGUUCUAAAUGUUACGUUGCCAUGAUGGCUGGCAAUGUUCUUAUCCCUUGCUUGCUAGCUAGCCAACAACGGCUAACACAGUCACGUCAAACAGUGCUGCCAGAAUAACAGCAAAGUAGCUGCAUUUACGUUUGUUUAAGCUGUUUUCUAGUGACAUUUAUUUGGAUUCAUCCAUAGCAAUGAGCUAAUGAUGCGCGAUUUCGCUUGGCAUAGAACAUUUGCUCUCUCACUAGGACACUAGCUGUGUAGGAGCUAGCCAACUACACAUCUAACAAUCACUUCAAACUGGAAAGACUGCAAGCUAGCUGCAUUUCGUUUAGUUUGAUCAGAUUUUCUGUUAACAUUUCUUUGUAUAUAUCCAUAAAAAUUAUACUGAAUCAUGAUUUCGACUGGUUGAGAAAAUCUGCCUGCCUGUCGGUCUCGUCCCGAAUCAUGACACGUUCAUUAAUAUGGGACAACUGGAUAUCAAAUGUCAAUAUUGAAACAGUUUUGCUAAUGUCCGAGAGAUGGACAGCAAGGUUUAUCAAAAACUCUGUGGUUGAAAACCAAAUGCUAGUCUGAAAGAAAGUGGAGAUAAUGUCCAGAUGCUUUUUUACAGUGGAGAUUAAGUUUAUAAAUUGCCUGGUUGGGUUGAUGAGACGGUGAAUUGCCCAGUAAGCUGGAGAAGUAAAUAGGCAUUUCAACGUCAUAGCCUUAGCUGCUGGUAACUUGUGGAAUAGACACCGGCUGGAACGCGGUUUUAACCAAUCAGCAUCCAGGAUUAGCAGCUUUGACACAACAUUUAUUUUUACUGCUCUAAUUACGUUGGUAACGAGUUUAUAAUAGCAAUCAGGCACCUCAGGGGUUUGUAGUAUAUGGCCAACAUACCACGGCUAAGAGCUGUAUCCAGGCACUCCACGUUCCGUCGCGCAUAAGAAUAGCCCUUAGCCGUGCUAUAUUGGCCUAAUACCACACCCCCUUGGGCCCUAUUGCUUAAAUAAAGGUCUACUAUGGGAGAUUGUGUGGUUAGACCAUACAUGUCAUGUUCACAUAUUCAUGUGUUUAUAUACAUCAUUGGGUCAGACCCAGAGCUGUAAUUCUUAGUACUGCCGUAAACACAUACUUUAGACAGCAACCUGUGAAAUCAUCUGUGAACGUUCUUUUAACAUCUGGGGUGUUACGGCCUGAUACUCCCUAGUGAUUCUGGAACAGUCUGCUUUUCCAGAGAUCGUGUUGUAAGGUAUCUAUAAUGGACACUAGGGACUGAGUAUUUUAGAGAGUGUGCCCUGAGUUUGCCUGUUAUUGGUAUCAUUGCUUUCUCAUGUGUUGUAGGCCCACCUUGAAUCUCUAAAGUGCGUGUAGAAAUUUACCUCUGACCUCUCAUUAUAUGACUGCAGGUUGAAUCACCGUGGACCAUCAGAAAACUCAGUGGGACUCUCUGCUGGCUUGAGGUAAGUCAUAGGGAGGCAGUCCCUAUUUAAGUCAAUUAAUGUCAAAUUAUCAUGGAAUAAUAAAUGCCUUAGUAUGAGCUUCGGCACUGCUUCCCUAUACUGGCUAUUUUUAGCUUAAGGGCCCUUUCUUGAUCUAAAGGCUUUUAUUGAUCUAAAUGUGUGUGCUCCAGCCGCUGACCGAGGAAAGCUCUCAACCAGGCCUAGGAAAUUGCCACGUGAUUGAGUUUGCUGCAGCUGGGUGGAGAGCUUAUAUAAAAAAUAUAAACGCAAUAUGUAAAAGGUUUGUCACAUGUUUCAUGAGCUGAAAUAAAAAAUUCCAGAAACUAUUACAUUUUACAUUUGAGUCAUUUAGCAGACGCUCUUAUCCAGAGCGACUUACAGUUAGUGAGUGCAUACAUUUUUUCAUACUGGCCCCCCGUGGGAAUCGAACCCACAACCCUGGCGUUGCAAGCGCCAUGUUCUACCAACUGAGCUACACAGGGCCCAUUUCUCCUUUGCCAAGAUAAUCCAUCCACCUGACAGGUGUGGCAUAUCAAGAAGCUGAUUAAACAGCAUGAUCAUUACACAGGUGCUCCUUGUGCUGGGGACAAUAAUAGGCCACUCUAAAAUGUGCUGUUUUGUCACACAACACCAUGCCACAGAUGUCUCAAAUUUUGAGGGAGCAUGCAAUUGGCAUGCUGACUGAAUGAAUGUCCACCAGAGCCUUUGCAAGAGAAUUGAAUGAUCAUUUCUCUACAAUAAGCUGCCUCUAACAUCAUUUUUGAGAAUUUGGCAGUACGUCCAACUGACCUUACAACCGCAGACCACGUGUAACCACGCCGGCUUCUUCACCUGCAGGAUUAUCUGAGAGGGGGUGGGGGGGAGUGCGGAGGAGUAUUUCUGUCUGUAAUGAAACCCUUUUGCGGGAAAAAAACCUCAUUCUGAUUGGCUGGGCCUGGCUCCCCAGUGGGUGUCCAAACUUUUCACUGUGUGUAUAUAUAUACAUAUACAUAGAUGUACAGAGGCCCAUUAUCAGCAACCAUCAGUCCUGUGUUCCAAUGGCACAUUGUGUUUGCUAAUCCAAGUUUAUCAUUUGAAAAGGUCAUUAGAAAACCCUUUUGCAAUUAUGUUAGCACAGCUAAAAACUGUUGUGCUGAUCUAAUGAAGUAAUAAAACAGGCCUUCUUGAGACUAGUUGAGUAUCUGGAGCAUCAGCAAUUGUGGAUUCGAUUACAGGCUCAAAAUGGCCAGAAACAAAUAACUUUUUUCUGAAACUCGUCAGUCUAUUCAUGUUCUGAGAAAUAAAGGCUAUUCCAUGUGAAAAAUUGCCAAGAAACUGAAGAUCUCGUACAACGCUGUGUACUACUCCCUUCACAGAACAGCGCAAACUGGCUCUAACCAGAAUAGAAAGAGGAGUGGGAGGCCCCGGUGCACAGCUGAGCAAGAGGACAAAUACAUUAGAGUGUCUAGGUUGAGAAACAGAUGCCUCACAGGUCCUCAACUGGCAGCUUCAUUAAAUAGUACCCGCAAAACACCAGUCUCAAUGUCAACAGUGAAGAGGCGACUCCGGGAUGCUGACCUUCUAGGCAGAGUUGCAAAGAAAAAGCCAUAUCUCAGACUGGCCAAUAAAAAGAAAAUAUUAAGAUGGGCAAAAGAACACAGACACUGGACAGAGGAAGAUUGGAAAAAAGUGUUAUGGACAGACAAAUCAAAGUUUGCGGUGUUCGGAUCACAAAGAAGAACAUUUGUGAGACGCAGACCAAAUGAAAAGAUGCUGGAGGAGUGCUUGAUGCAUCUGUCAAGCAUGGUGGAGGCAAUGUGAUGGUCUGGGGGUGCUUUGGUGGUGGGAGAUUUGUACAGGGUAAAAGGGGUAUUGAAGAAGGAAGGCUAUCACUCCAUUUUGCAACGCCAAACCCUGUGGACGGCGCUUGAUUGGAGCCAAUUUCCUCCUACAACAGGACAAUGAACCAAAGCGCAGCUCCAAACUAUGCAAUAUUUAGGGAAGAAGCAGUCAGCUGGUAUUCUGUCUAUAAUGGAGUGACCAGCAAAGUCACCGGAUCUCAACCCUAUUGAGCUGUUGUGGGAGCAGCUUGACUGUGUGGUACGUAAGAAGUGCCCAUCAAGCCAAUCCAACUUGUGGGAGGUGCUUCAUGAAGCAUGGGGUGAAAUCUCUUGAGAUUACCUCAACAAAGGUCUGCAAGGCUGCAAAUGGAGGAUUAUUUGACGAAAGCAAAGUUUGAAGGACACAAUUAUUAUUUCAAUUAAAAAUCAUUAUUUCUAACCUUGUCAAUGACUACAUUUCAUUUUCAAACUAAUUUCAUGUAUGUUUUCAUGGAAAACAAGGACAUUUCUAAGUGACCCCAAACUUUUGAACGAUUGUGUGUGUGUCUAUACACACACACGCACACACAGUGCAUUCGGAAAGUAUUCAGACCCCUUGACUUUUCCACAUUUUGUUAUGUUACAGCCUUAUUCUAAAAUUGAUUAAAUAAAACAUUUUCCUCAUCAAUCUACACACAAUACCCCAUAAUGACGAAGUGAAAACCGGUUUCUAUAAUUGUUUUGCUAAUAUAUACAAAAUGUAAUACAUAAAUACCGUAUUUACAUAAGUAUUCAGACCCUUUGCUAUGAGACUCGAAAUUGAGCUCAGGUGCAUCCUGUUUCCAUUGAUCAUCCUUGAGAUGUUUAUACAACUUGAUUGGAGUCCACCUGUGGUAAAUUCAAUUGAUUGGACAUGAUUUGGAAAGGCACACCUGUCUAUAUAAGGUCCCACAGUUGACAGUGCAUGUCAGAGCAAAAACCAAGUCAUGAGGUCGAAGGAAUUGGGUCAGGAUUGUUUCGAGGCACAGAUCUGGGGAAGGGUACCAAAACAUUUUUGCAGCAUUGAAGGUCCCCAAGAACACAGUGGCCUUCAUCAUUCUUAAAUGGAAUAAGUUUGGAACCACCAAGACUAUUCCUAGAGCUUGCCGCCCGGCCAAACUGAGCAAUCUGGGGAGAAGGAACUUGGUCAGGGAGGUGACCAAGAACCCGAUGGUCACUCUGACAGAGCUCCAGAGUUCCUCUGUGGAGAUGGGAGAACCUUCCAGAAGGACAACCAUCUCUGCAGCACUCCACCAAUCAGACCUUUAUGGUAGAGUGGCCAGACGGAAGGCACUCCUCAGUAAAAGGCACAUGACAGCCUGCUUGGAGUUUGCCAAAAGGCACCUAAAGGACUCUCAGACCAUGAGAAACAAGAUUCUCUGGUCUGAUUAAACAAAUAUUGUGGCCUGAAUGCCAUGUGUCACGUCUGGAGGAAACCUGGGACCAUCCCUAUGGUGAAGGUUGGUGGUGGCAGCAUCAUGCUGUGGGGAUGUUUUUCCGCGGCAGGGACUGGGAGACUAGUCAGGAUUGAGGGAAAGAUGAACGGAGCAAAGUACAGAGAGAUCCUUGAUGAAAACCUGCUCCAGAGCGCUCAGGACCUCAGACUGGGGCGAAGGUUCACCUUUCCAACAGGACAAUGACCCUAAGCACACAGCCAAGACAACGCAGGAGUGGCUUCGGCACAAGUCUCUGAAUGUCCUUGAGUGGCCCAGCCAGAGCCCGGACUUGAACCCGAUCGAACAUCUCUGGAGAGACCUGAAAAUAGCUGUGCAAUGACGCUCUCCAUCCAACCUGACAGAGCUUGAGAGGAUCUGCAGAGAAGAAUGGGAGAAACUCCCCAAAUACAGGUGAGCCAAGCUUGUAGCGUCUUACCCAAGAAGACUCGAGGCUGUAAUCGCUGCCAAAGGUGCUUCAACAAAGUACUGAGUAAAGGGUCUGAAUACUUAUGUAAAUAUAUUAUUUCAGUUUUAAAUUUUUUAUACAUUUGCUAAAAUGUCUAAAAAAUUGUUUUUGCUUUGUCAAUAUGGGGUAUUGUGUGUAAAUUGAGGGAAAAAACGAUUGAAUCAAUUUUAGAAUAAGGCUGUAACGUAACAAAAUGUGGAAAAAGUCAAUGGGUCUGAGUACUUUCCGAAUGCACUGUAUAUAAACAAACUGAUAUUUGUCAUCUCCUACUGGUACACUGGUAGCUCAUUGUUUUGUAGAGGAAGAGAAGGCUAGGUUAUAGCUAUGACAAUUGGUACCUCUUAGGUUUGUGUGUGUGUGUGUGUGUGUGUGUGUGUGUGUCAAAGAGGUAGCAGUAUUAAGGUGUGCCCCGGGGCUGUGAACAGGCCCAGCUGUGUGCUCCCAACUGACAGACAGACGGAGAGAGAGUGAGAUGGCCGUCUGCUCGCCGAUCAAUGGUGUGUGUGUGUGUGUGGGCACUAGAGAACAGCGCAGCAGGGCGUGUGUGCUGCUCGUCUUACACCUUGGGAUGUGCGAGCCCCUUAAUCCCUGGCAUUUUCCCUGUGAACCUGACAAUGAGGGCUGGUAAUCGGACACCGCAGUCUGAGUCUGAGAGGUAGCAGUUUGGCCAUAAUGUUGAUAAUGAAGGAGGUGUUAAUGACAUCCUGCAGCUGCCUAAAAGCCCUCGUCAAUAGAGCUGUCUGUCUGGGAGAGACUGACGGGAUGCCUUCUCUCAGCUGCUCUCUCUCUCUCUCAUCCGCCCACUCGCUCUCUCUCAUCCGCCCACUCGCUCUCUCUCUCUCUCAUCCGCCCACUCGCUCUCUCUCUCUCUCUCAUCCGCCCGCUCGCUCUCUCUCUCAUCCGCCCACCCUGCUCUCUCUCUCUCUCAUCCGCCCACUCGCUCUCUCUCUCUCAUCCGCCCACUCGCUCUCUCUCUCUCAUCCGCCCACUCAUUUCUCUCUCUCUCAUCCGCCCGCUCGCUCUCUCUCUCUCUCUCAUCCGCCCGCUCGCUCUCUCUCUCUCUCAUCCGCCCGCUCGCUCUCUCUCUCUCUCAUCCGCCCGCUCUCUCUCUCUCUCUCUCAUCCGCCCGCUCGCUCGCUCUCUCUCUCAUCCGCCCGCUCGCUCUCUCUCUCUCAUCCGCCCGCUCGCUCUCUCUCUCUCAUCCGCCCGCUCUCUCUCUCUCUCUCUCAUCCGCCCGCUCGCUCUCUCUCAUCCGCCCGCUCGCUCUCUCUCAUCCGCCUGCUCGCUCUCUCUCUCUCUCAUCCGCCCGCUCGCUCUCUCUCUCUCAUCCGCCCGCUCGCUCUCUCUCUCUCAUCCCGCCCUCUCGCUCUCUCUCUCUCUCCCCUCCGCUCUCCUCUCUCUCAUCUCUCUCCUCCUCUGCUCGCUCUCUCUCUCAUCCGCCCGCUCGCUCGUCUCUCUCUCUCAUCCGCCCGCUCUCUCUCUCUCUCUCAUCGCCGCUCGCUCCUCUCUCUCUCAUCCGCCCGCUCUCCUCUCUCUCACGCUUCCCUCCUCUCGCUCGCUCCUCUCUCUCAUCCGCCCUCUCUCUCUCUCUCUAUUCCGCCCGCUCGCUCGCUCUCUCUCUCAUCCGCCCGCUCGCUCUCUCUCUCUCACCGCCCCUCCUCCCUCUCUCUCAUCCGCCCGCUCCUCUCUCUCAUCCGCCUCUCUCAUCUCUCUCCGCUCGCUCCUCUCUCUCUCUUCAUCCGCCCGUCUCCGCUCGCUCUCUCUCAUCCGCCCCUCCGCGCUCUCUCUCUCUCAUCCGCCCGCUCGCUCUCUCUCUCUCAUCCGCCCGCUCGCUCCCUCUCUCUCUCUCUCAUCCGCCCGCUCGCUCGCUCAUCUACUCUUUUGCUCAUUAUCGCUUUUGCUCUCAUUCUCUCUCUAACCCUCUCCCUUACAAGGUCUCUUUUCCCCGUCUUUAUUCUCCCUCCCCCUUGUCUCACUCUCACCCGUAUCUCUCUCUUUUCCCCUCCCUCCCUCGCUCCAUCUGCUAGCUGUUAACCAGCCUCCUAACCAGACAGACCAGGUUGGUGGUUGUUGUGCGGCUGAGUCUUAUUUACAACCAGGCUGCUAAACAGCCCCGGGGGAGAGGGGAUGAGCCCUGAUGACAUGCAACGAGUCACGCUCUCGCUCUGAGCGCACUUUUAACACGCUAGGGAGACUGAAUAAAAAGAGUGCUCUCUCUCUCUCUCAGCUCUUUUGUCCACCGUUGCAGAGAAAAGCAGAGAAAAGCCUUGAGUUAACGCGGUGAUUAAGGACCAGCAACAAUUAAAGGCGGCGGCUGCAGAAGGUGUUUAAGAGUUCCUCGCCUUUUUCCCCCUCUAUGAAAGGGAAGUUGUUAGGAGUAAUUAGUUUACCAAUGACUGCAAUUAGGAGUGGGCUAGCCUAGCCUGCUUAGUGCUGGAGGGAAGGAGAAAAGCAAGAGGCUGCCAAGCAUAUUAAGAGGAAGUGAAGUCCCUUUAUCUUGUUUUGUAACAUUAGUCUUUUUAUAGUGGGUGGCCAUGAGGAAAAUGCAGCAUGUCUUUUUGUUGUUGCCUUUCAGACUUACAGCUCGUUGCAGGAGGUCCUGGUGUCCUUUGGGAGGAGGGUGUUGUGUUACCCGCUCUACAGGCACUUUGCCCUGGUCUCUGCAGCCGUGCAGGAUGCGGCUCGGAUCUUCCAGUCAGGUGAGUCUAGACUGCCCUCUGUGACCUCUCACCCCUGACCUGAGGCAGCCAGGCACCGCCACACCUCAAAGGCCCCUUUGUGCACGCUGGUUAGAGCUAUUGGCAGCCUCCGUGUCAUGGCCAAAUUAUAAAGCCCUCAAUACGGCCUUGUUUCCCCCCCAAUGAAUAUGUCUCUGGACUGUUUUCUGAGACUCCUGAGGGACAUUAUGCGGUUUGAUGCAUUUCUGUUGGAAGGCAAAGCCUGCAUGGUAGCUGUGGGCUGCAGCUUGUCUGUUCAGUGCUUUGGAGACUGACAGAAAGACUGCUUUACAGCCAGCAUGCACCCACAGUCAUACAUCACCAUACCACCACAAGCAGAGCAACCUCUCCAAGCUGGAAGUGUGGAUUUGUUCUAUACGGACUGUUGACUUUGAUAUCUCCUAGCAAAGAGUAAUCAUUAAAUCAAAGCCCCGCAGGUAGCUAAAUGAGGCUCUGCUAUGUAAACACAUUUAGGAUGUGUGUGGGGUGAGAUUACCCGGUUUGUGGGGAUUUGAACGCUUGUAAAUGACGGCAAAUUAAAGGUAUUUUAAGCACCAGAUUACAUUUCUGCGCCUCGUUAGGUAAGGAGAUGAGUAGAUCAGACUGGCUGAGGGAAUCAGAGAAUCCCAGGUAAUCACUGAAGGGGGAUUCCUUGUACUACGCUACACUAUAUACCUUCAUCCUCUAGAAACAAACACAACUUCACCUGUUAUAGCCUAAUGAAGCUUUUCAAUCUCUCACCUGACGCUGGACAUUUGUUCAACAGUCGCAUACCCAUUUUGUUUCUGUGCUGGAAAAUGCAAACUAGCCUAACUGGUGAUCGUUGGUCUAAGCAGGCCAACAAUUGCAAGUGUCAUUUAAAUGAGUUUGCCUCUGCAAUGUUCUUUAUUUACGUGCAUCAGGUGAGUGAGAGUGAGUAAUGGGGCUCUCGUUAAUGAACUGUAAAGCUACAGUAAUGCAGGCUGGCUGGCGUACGUCUGAGAAGGCACAACGCGUUUCCUCCACACCGCUAAUUCAUUUGUCAGGAUAAAGCUAAUGGAAUGUGUGCUCUAAUUUAAGGCACUUGAUUUAAAUGGCUGUGAAAGCAAACAUUGGUAGGUAUUAGGAAAACUAACCCAUUAAUGCCUUGUGGGAGCCACACGUUAAGGCCCUAAAGGAAAUGUUAUCCGGGGUAAAUAUUUGAACAGCCCUCUGGCAGCACGGACGCUCCUUCUCAAGGAGCUCAUCCAGCUGCUCGCUAAGUGGCUGGAACCAAUGGGCCACCAGGCAGGGAGAGCGGAGCAGGGCCUCCUGGGUAGGGAGGUAGGGAGGGUUUAGCAUGGCCGCUGUCGUGUAGCUGACUGAAGGACCCACUGGAGUUGGGUAGCCUAUACUGAGCCGGAAAUGUUCCGGAAUUGCGGUUCCUCUGUGUAGCUUAACUGCGUUUCCCUGUGUCAUGUUUUUACUUGUCCCUUGGCUUUGUAACAUUUAGCUGACUAUAAUUUAGCAGCACUCUACUUCAAUAUGACACUAGAAAGAGUUUGAGUCGCCACUGUAAUGAGCUAGUACAGUAGGCUAUGUAUGCUGUUGGAGUGCACAUGGCCCUCCCAGUAGUUGAAACACUUGAAGUGUUCUGUUACCAUGUACAGUGUGGUAGUGAUGCCAAUUGAAUGUUUUCUGCGCAGCAUUAGGAAUGCACAUGCAGUGUUUGGAAUGUGUGUACACUUGACUACAGUGUAUAAAUGUGUUGCCUAUGCUGUGUUGUCACCUUGCCAUGAUGGAUGUUAGUGGCCAGUGCCCCUGUGGCAGCUGUGUUGCUGUGCCCAUGCACCUCCCUCCCAGGCCAGACUCUUCCUGCCUGUCUGUCUGCCCCUCUCCAGGGAUCAGCCACGGCUCGCCACCAACGUGUUUAACUGGCUCAACUUGUCAUCAGUGUGAAAAACAGACGAGUGCAGGAUUCAAAACAUGGCAUGGUUGGAGGUGAAACAAAAUCACUGUCUCCAUCGCUCCCAGGAAGAUAGAGAGAGAAAAGUAAAACCUCCAGGGAUGUGGGGGGGUGCCUUGAGUUUGGAAGCAGGGAGAGGAGAGCUGUGUCUCUGUGCUCUGGGUCCUGGCCCUGGUCCUGGAGUUGGAAGCUGAGCUCUCCGCUCUCUCUGCACCCUCUGUGAGCGCUCAUGCUCUAAAUGAGAACCAAAUGUUUGUUUAAGGUGUGCUGUUUAUUUUGAAUGGACUGGAAUGUCUCUGGCUGUUGCCAGCCAAUCCUGGAGGUGGAUACUGGACAGGAGGAUCGUCUGUAGACCUCCGUGCUCUGCAAUGGGCCAAUUGUGUCCCACCAAGGGGCUAUUUAUAUGCCUGGGUUUUGUGGCAGCAAAUGUUAUGGAUCAAACGUGGCUCCCUCCAGGUGUGUCCCUUUUUGUAAUGGUAAUCUUUGGCUUUCCCUUUGAGGGAAAUCAGGCCAAUUAUCUUUUUCAUAAACCGGUAUGAAAUUAACCGUUUUGUGUUAUCUUGGCCCACUUGAGUUGCAUUUCUGGACUAUAUGGACUAGAUAAAGGGGACCUGAAAGUUGAUUAAUUGCUCUCUCUGUCAUGUGUGUAAAUGACUGUCAGUGGUCUGAAAUAGUAUGCUCACAUGAUCUCCCAUAGCCUGUUCAGCCUAUAGUUUGAAGGAAGGCUGUAUGGAACAAUGAGACUGUAAGCCUUUAGGAACUGCUGUCCCUGCUAGCAACAUUGCUAUAUUUGACCAUUCCUCACAUUGCCAUAGAAUAAUACCGUUUUUCAAUUUCUACUCCUUCUGUUUUUCCUGUCCAGGGAAAGCCUGUGUCCUGAAGUGCUUGUUGGAUAUUCACAAAGUCUUCCGGGAGAAUGAGCCGGCCUACAUAUUGAAUGACCUCUACAUCACAGACUACUGCAUAUGGAUCCAGAGGGUCAAGUAAGUCCACUACCCCCCUUCCUCUAUCGCUCUCUGCAGGGACCUUCAGCCCUAGAGCAUAAUUACCUCCCAGGUCCAGAGGCCAAGCAAAGUGGCUCUCAGCUCUCAUGAUGCUUCAAUGCGCUGCACUGGAGGAGAGGAUUAGACAAGUAAUUUGUCACAGCACGGCCACUUGACUGACAGAGCCAUUGUGAGACGUAUCCAUUCUCCCUUGUCAAAUGUGUCGUUGGAGAGUGUGUGGACUGUACUGUCUCCCUCAGUGCUGCAGUGGAGUCCCAGUGAAUCAUUCGCUGACUGAGACUGAAGCCUCUGUGACAGUACACAGAUGAGGAGAAGCAGAUGGACAGUGCACUGUGCAGUACAAGAUGUGUGUCAACUCGAGAGAGAUCUGUGUAGUUUCUUCCCUAUUUGAUAUAGCAUGCAUGGCUCUUUCCUCACCCUUGUACAUAUUUUACAAUUACUUACACAUUGAAAAUGUAAUCCUGCAAGCGCAUUAUUCGGUAAUGAGCUCUGUUUUACUCAUGGCAGGGGUUCAGCCGAGUGGUGUGCUAGUCUGGAAAAAGCCAGAUGAAAAGUGUGUGCCAGUGAUGAUGUAGGCCCAGCGCCCAGAUGCAGACAUGAUAACAGCUCUGCCGGGUGUUUGAUGGAGCUUUUCUCUCUGGAAAAGAAAACGCCUCGACGGCCAAUUUAAUAAUAGAUGUGUAAAAAUCAAUGGUGGAGAGCUGCAGUCCCUGUCGGUCGGUCUGUCUGUUUCGCUGCAGCAGACGAAGAGAACGGAGUCUUGGUCUUAAGUGCUUUCUCUCUCAGCUCAGCGUACGCUUUGAGCAGCAGCAGAGCAGCAGCACUGUCAAGCCACUGGAAAACUCAAUCAGUCUCAUUUCAGUCAGAGUCAAGGAGAUGAAAUGGCAGAAGGGCUUUCCAAUCCAGCUCCCUUCCCUCCACCGCUGUACAUUGGAGCCAAAUGUCAGCUUGACCUAUCAACAAGCUGGCUUCCACUGGCUGAAACCCCGCAUCAAUAAUGAAAUGGAUUAGUCCUCGUGCUCGCCUGUGAUUGAAUUGUUACAUUUCCCUUUUCUGUUUACGUAUUUCAGUCGAUAAACAAAGCUAAGCUUUUUUUCUUUCUGCCCUGAGACCUGGCUCAUAUCAGCUGUGGUAUCAGCAGAGACAGAGGCUGUCCAGCAUCCAGAAAGAGUUACUAACCCUCUCCUGUUGAAGAUGCAGCCUCAGGGCACCUGGCUGGGAAAACCUCUAGAGCCCGGACAUUCCAUUUCAUUUUGUUGCUGUGAAUCUAUUCCCAGAUAGACAUUUCAUACCUUUUAUUUAUUGUUGUGCUGCACAGACUACAUAUCUUUCCCUUCUGAAUGUGUAAUAAAAGAGAGCAGUCCACUUGCCAUUCAAAGCAGCAGAGAGAGGAAAUCUGUCUUUCUUUGAGCUAGCAGGCAUUUACAUAAAAAUUUAAAUAAAUAAUUUAGCAGACUCUUUUAUCCAGAACGACUUACAUUAGUGCAUUCACGGUGAGAACAUAUCCCAAUCGUAGCAAGUAUGGUGUGGGAUUUAUUUAAGAUACUCUUUAAAGAGGUAGGGAAGAUGGGAAGGGACUCCUCUGUCCUGACAUUAGGGGGAAGCUUGUUCCACCAUUUGGGUGCCAGGACAGAGAAGAGCUUUGACUGGGCUGAGCGGGAACUGCCCUCCUGUAGGGGUGGGAGGGCCAAGAGACAAGAGGUGGCAGAACGGAGUGCUUGGGUUGGGGUGUAGGGUUUGACCAUAGCCUGAAGGCAGUUCCCUUUGCUGCCCCGUAGGCAAGCACCAGGGUCUUGAAGAUGAUGCAAGCUUUGACUGGAAGCCAGUGGAGUGUGCGGAGGACCGGGGUGACAUGGGAGAGCUUGGGAAGAUCGAACACCAGGCGUGCUGCAGCGUUCUGGAUAAAUUGAAGGGGUUUGCUGGCACAAGCGGGGAGCCCAGCCAACAGAGUUGCAGUAGUCUAGAUGGGAGAUGACAAGGCAGGCAGGCAGCACUCUAGCAACAGCCAGCUGUGGUUUGCAUAGACAGUGCUCUUAUCACUUGUGGUUUGUUGUGGCAGACGUUUGUGCCUGUGACCGGUUUGAUGACAGAUUGUAUAAGCAUUGUUCUCCUCCCUGCUAGAUAUCCCCCAUGACGGAUUUGUCAUUCCUGCUAAGUGAUUUGUCUGUCUGUCCCUGUGAGUCCUGUGGUAAGAUAAGAUGUAAUCUAUAUCUUGUAUCUUGUCAAUCCUCCCCACAGUCAACUCCCAGACACGAUCAGCCGCUCAUGAUGGACACAGCGAUUUAUGAAUGCGUUGCUCGGUGGGUUGAUUUAUACUGUCUGGCUCUCUCUGGGUUGUGCCACAUGCGUUCAUGCUCUUAAAGUCCCUCUGACUGCUGAGACCAGAGUCAAAUUUACAGCAUCAUAAAGACUUCACAGUGACUUAGACUCCAGUGAAACCCUCUCCCUCCACAGACUCACGCACACAGACAAGUGGACAGUCCACUCUCCAGUCAACAGGAGGAGUAUGAGGGUGGAGAAAUCAUUCUGACACCAUUUUCUAUUUGUCCUGAUAAAGUGUUUACCAAAGAGGAUUAUUAAUGUGCUUACAACAGUUUCCACAUUACCCAGGGAAUUUGUGUAAUUUACAGAUAUCUAUGUAUCAUCAGAUACAUUGCCACUAGCAAAUAGAAACACCUCUUUACCAUUUGUUUCAAUGGGUGGUUUUGAUGAUCCUCCGAUGCCAAACCCCUGCAAUGUUGCAAGACUGAAAUGAAAACCCAGUCCUCAUUUUCUUUCUCGGCCUUUCCUGUUCUUCUCUCAUCAAAAGGCUUGGAAGGAGUCAAAUGUAGAUUGACUGGAACCACUGAACAGUCCAACAAAUCAGAUCAGUGUUGUGUUACUGUAUCUCAGUGAAAUCAGCAGGCCUCUAACUUCCCCUUCCUCUUUCAGCACUCACACAUUCCUCCCCCUCUACCCGUUGUCUGCCGCACAAUCAAUUAAUUGGGUCAAUUUAAUUCCAGAGCAAAAACCAUGGCAACCUGUGAGUGUCGAGCUCAAGGGUUUGCUAGUCUUGGAGGAGGAAACAAGGAUAUUGUUCUCUCUCACUCACACCCAUCCAUUCAGCCUCUACACACAUUGUGUGCAUGACAAUGCCCAGAGGAGAGCUCUCCUCUCCACAGUCCCAGGAGGCCCUCAGGGGACACGGGCUCCCCACAGGGACAACCUGCUGCUGCUAUAACUAGGCCCCCCCCCCCCCCCCCCCCCUCGGCAAGGUCAAUGGUCAGUUAAGUGGGUCGGUUAAGCCUUUGGGGUCUGGCUGGUGGUUUUAAUGCUACAGGGACUGGCAACUCAGUGUCCAGUGGGUGUGCAGGUGCACUGAGGUUAUUUUAGGAAUGGCAAAUUGCUUGUUGGACAGUUUUAUGUUGUUGUUAUUCUUAGAAAUGGCGGAAUGCAGGUGAAAGAGCUUUGGAUACAUUUUCCCUGGUUGUAAUCCUUUUCAUGCAGCUGCUAGUGUACUCUACCCACACUCAUCUGUCUGGAGCCUGUCCUGUCCUGGGUCCUGUGAUGUAGUAGAUAGAUGGUGUACACUGAGUAUACUGAACAUUAGGAACACCUUCCUAAUAUUGAGUUGGACUCUUCAAGGUGUCGACAGCGUUUCACAGGGAUGCUGGCCCAUGUUGACUCCAAUGCUUCCCACAGUUGUGUCAAGUUGGCUGGAUGUCCUUUGGGUGGUGGACCAUUCUUGAUACACACGGGAAACUGUUGAGCGUGAAAAACCUAGCAGCGUUGCAGUUCUUGACACAAACCGGUGCGCCUGGCACCUACUACCAUACCUCGUUCAAAGGCACUUAAAUAUUUUGCCUUGCCCAUUCAUCCUCUGAAUGGCACACAUACAAAAUCCAUGUCUUAAUUGUCUCAAGGCUUAAAAAUCCUUCUUUAACCUGUCUCCUCCCCUUCAUCUACACUGAUUUGAAGUGGAUUUAACAAGUGACAUCAAUUAGGAAUCAUAGUUUUCACCUGGUCAGUCUAUGUCAUGGAAAGAGAAGGUGUUCUUAAUGUUUUGUGUACUCAGUGUAUAUGGUCUGUGUGUUUUGAGCCCUCCCCACCACAGAGACAGUAGAUAGUCUCUGUGCCCCGCUGGGCUCAACAAAUGCAAGACUGUCUCACAACUAACGGGGAGAAGUACUACAGAUAUCCUCUCUGCAUGACGUCCAGAUUUUGUAUACUUACACAGGCAGCCCACCACACACGCAGAGAGAGAAACACAAACAGUGUUGUUACAUCAGUGGUACACUAAUAAGGAAUGAUGCAGCCUUGCUUUAUGAGGCAACUUCCUCUCCUUGUGUCCUUGUUUUGAAUAGGAGGGUAGGUAAACAACAAGCUCUGCAGGCAGUUCUACCAGGUCUCUUCAUGUUGCACAUGAACUAAUGGUCUCUCUAUACAGUAAGAAAGCACUUCCUUAAAUUACAAUCCCUACUGUGUUAUAUAGGCUAAUGCAGGGGUGUCAAACAUACGGGUUGUUUGAAUUUUUUGGGGGGGAGGGGGGAAACAAACUCGAUAUACUUAAAAAUAACUCUAACCAAAUCGAAACUGUGUAGAAAUGAUAAUGGACCUACAUUUAUAUAGUUUCUUGACUGUGUCCAGCUCACUAAUAAUAAUCUAAAUGAAAGCUAGACAGUCAGGGAGCAUCGAAAAUUCCAAAAACAAUGGAUAGAGGACUAUUCUUUGCCAAUUUUGACGGCGAGGAAUUUUUCAGUGCGGCCCUCCGGAACCCCUGGCCUAAUGCCUCUGACACAGGUCUUCAGUGUUACUCACACACUCCGUCACACACUACAUGACACAUUUCAUCACACACUCCCUCAAACACUCCAUCAAACUCAGUAAGUCAGGAAAUCCAAGCAUCCAUUUAUAAGUCUUUCAGCCUUAUAAAACAGGCCUACUUGUCACAAGCAACUACCGUCUACGUUUUGUCCCAUAAAUUAGAUAUUGGACAAAUCAAAUGGCAUACAGUUAGCAAACACAAUGUCUGACUGUCCAUCCACAACAUCAAUUGAAUAAUGUACACUCCCUCGACAAAUCUUGUCCAUGUGAAAUUAAUUUGUACAUCUAAGAUUAACUAAAAAGUCUGAGUAGGAACAUGUGUUGAAUGAGGCUGAUGAAAGAAAUGGAAGUCUGUAAUUGACUCAGUCUAGUUGUCCUUCUCCCCCACCACCCCCCUGCUCCCUGUCCUCAUCUAAGGACUCUUGUGUUUGUUGUCUGACAGAUGGAAGCGUCUUUGUGUCGACAGAAGUUUUCCAACCUUGAAAAGCCGCCCCUCAGUUAAUGAAGGGAGCCCACAACAUUGGUGUAGUAAUGACUGAACUGUGUACAACAUUAUUCCUUCCCUCCAAAAGCAGCCUUUGUACUCACCGCAAGCUGGGCUUCUCGCACCGCAGCGCAGGGAGAGGGGGAGCGAGGGGAGGGAACAAGCACGUAGCCUCUCCAAUGCUAACUCAAUAAUGACUUCCCACGGGGGAAAGAGAAUGCGGGAGGAGGGGGAUGAAGGAGGGCCUCUGCUUUGAAGUUGCAGUGCUACAGGAGGCUCUCCAGCCAGAACCAGUCAGCCAGCCUGCUCAACUCCAGCAAGGGCUUAACCCAUAAGUCUAAGCCCUGUCUAUGCAGGGGAGGUUCUACUAAGCUAUAUGGAAUUGUUUUAAGAAGGUCAUACCAAUGAUCAUUUAGCUAUUUGAUUUUGAAUUUGAAGACCCCUUGAAGUAUAAAAACAAUAUAUAAAACAAUUAUUUGAUGAAAAAAAUGUUUUGGCCUUAAUAAUGUUAGCCCAUACAAAUGCAUUGAAUAACAGAUUCUCUUCAUGGAACAACAGAUCGUCCCCCAAAAAAUCUCAAUAGGAAGUUUGUUCUGAAGUGUCUGUCCUAUAUCUGAGAGAUAUAAGAAAGAUCAGGAAACAUAUUUUUAUGUAUUUAACCUAAACAGUCUCAAUAUAUACACUACUGGUCAAACGUUUUAGAACACCUACUCAUUCAAGGGUUUGUCUUUAUUUUUACUAUUUUCUACAUUGUCGAAUAAUAGUGAAGACAUCAAAACUAUGAAAUAACACAUAUGGAGUCAUGUAGUAACCAAAAAAGUGUUAAACAAAUCCAAAUAUAUUUUAUAUUUCAGAUUCUUCAAAUAGCCACUCUUUGCCUUGAUGACAGCUUUGCACAUUCUUGGCAAUUUGGACUCAUCAGACCAAAGGACAGAUUUCCACCAGUUUAAUGUCCAUUGCUCGUGUUUCUUGGCCCAAGCAAGUCUCUUCUUCUUAUUGGUGUCCUUUAGUAGUGGUUUCUUUGCAGCAAUUCGACCAUGAAGGCCUGAUUCACACAGUCCCCUCUGAACAGUUGAUGUUGAUGUGUCUGUGACUUGAACUCUGUAAAGCAUUUAUUUGGGCUGCAAUUUCUGGGGCUGGUAACUCUAAUGAACUUAUCUUCUGCAGCAGAGGUAACUCUGGGUCUUCCUUUCCUGUGGCGGUCCUCAUCAGAGUCAGUUUCAUCAUAGCGCUUGAUGGUUUUUGCGACUGCACUUGAAGAAACUUUCAAAGUUCUUGAAUUUUUCUGUAUUGACUGACCUUCAUGUCUUUAAAGUAAUGAUGGACUGUCGUUUCUCUUUGCAUAUUUGAGCUGUUCUUGCCAUAAUAUGGACUUGGUCUUUUACCAAAUAGGGCUAUCUUCUGUUUACCACCCCUACCUUGUCACAACACAACUGAUUGGCUCAAACGCAUUAAGAAGGAAAGAAAUUCCACAAAUUAACUUUUAAGAAGGCACACCUGUUAAUUGAAAUGCAUUCCAGGUGACUACCCCAUGAAGCUGGUUGAGAGAAUGCCAAGAGUGUGCAAAGCUGUCAUCAAGGCAAAGGGUGGUUAAUUUGAAGAAUCUCAAAUAUAAAAUAUAUUUUGAUUUGUUUAACUUUUUUGGUUACUACAUAAUUCCAUGUGUUAUUUCAUAGUUUUGAUGUCUUCACUAUUAUUCUACAAUGUAGAAAAUAGUAAAAAAAAAAAAAAAAAAAAAUUGAAUGAGUAGGUGUGUCUAAACCUUUGACUGGUGGUGUACAUAUACACUUUUCUUUUCAGAACUCAGUCGGGCUCUCCAUUUGCUGUUGAGAUUUUGAAUAGUAGAAUACACAAAUUAGAAAUGUAAUUGUCCAUCAGCAGUUUUUUUCUUAUGUCAGUCUCUGACAGUCACUCAAUUAGCCCAUGUCAGCUAAAAUGUUUUAGAUUGAUAAGUUAGUCUAGCCAGCUAUCUAAUCUUGUAGUAAUCAUGGUCGAAUUACCGACCGGUGGACCCCAAUUGAAUUUGUUAGUCACUCUCACUCAGAUAUCAUAUUAAAAACUGCAAACAUUUCUUGCCAUCCUAUGGCAAAAUGUAGGGAAUUGCAGGAAACUUGCUUUAAAACUGCAAUAUUUUCUCUACGCCCCAUGGCAAAAUGUGGAGAGUUGCAGGAAAUUUAAAUCCUAAACAACAAAAAAAAGUAUCCGCUUGCUGUCAGGAGGUGGGGGCUGCUAAAAUGUUUUGCUUGCAAGGUGUGGGAGGGGGGCAAAAUGGGCCCCCAAAAAUGACUGCAUGUGUGGGUAUGAAUAUGGGUACCAGACCCGUGAGCCACUGUGGCACCUCUUGAUGAGUUCAGAUUUUCUACGGUUUCCUUGUUGGGUCUGACUCUCUGCACACGCAGUGGUGGGGGUGUUAUUAUUGGUUGUAUUUAUGCCUAGCCAUCCCUUACUCAUUGUCAGUAGUUGUUCUCCUUUAAUUGUUUUGUUUUUCCUCCACACUUUCCAAGUACUGUUACUCCCCCUAUUUCCUGAAUGGACAUUUUAUCGGCAUAUAGGCCUAGGAGAGAUGUCUUCUUUGAUAGAGUACGACGACUAGCUAUACGAUCUGUUUACACAGUCUCCCGAGGUCCUAAAUGAGUACAUCCCUCUAUGUUGGCUGUGUAAACGGUUUCAUCCCCGGAGUGGGAGCUCAUUAAGGCUUUGCGGUAAUAAGGAGCCAUCUUGGCUCUCAGCGGUGGGUUAAUUGGGCCAGGGAGGGCAGCAGGGGCACAGUGUGGCUGAGUGUGAGGAGCUGAAUGGCUGUGGACCACCGCAGGCUCAUGUGCUUUCUCUCUCCCUGAAUGGACCCGUCCUGAGCCGCGCAGAGGUCAGCUGGUAAUCAUCAUGGCAAUGAAGGCCGAUCGGCUGCACCGUGGAAGAAUAGCAGCCACUUGAGUUUUGGCAACAUCCUGCGCUGGUUUAGCUUCAUGAAUAAUGUAUAAGGCGUGUAGCACUCUGUCAUCCGCCUUGCUCUUAUCUCCUGCAGGGAGAGCUUCAGUGGGAGACUCGAGGGGCAGAACCUGCAUAUCAGACACACUCAUCUUCCUACAUUAUUAAACAUGAUUUCCAUAUUUCAUUGAGCUCAUGCCUCCGUGAAUCACUGUCUACUUAGCAUUCAGAUGAAGCUGGAAUUUGGGUAAUGGAUAUUAGAUUUGUAGAUUGAGAUCUCGUUGCUAUAUUUUUUUGUAGGCAGUGCCGUCAGACAUAUAGCAUAGUCGUAAUACCUACUACUCAUCAAGUGUUGGACAAGUAGCUCUUGAAAUAGAUUCUGUAGUCUUUUGGGGGAUUUGUAAAUAUUUGCUUCCAAGUUUAAAAAAAUAAACUGAUCCAUAUUUGCUGUACUUUCUCAUCCCGUCCUGUCUUUCUCUCUCUUUGUCAGGUCCAGGAAGGUGACAGCUCUGGCUGAUCCCUUACAAAAAGUGUCCCUACGGAAAAGAGACCUGGAGCUGGAGUUGGAGGUGCUGGAGAUGGCGGCGGCGCUGGUAGAGGAAGAAGAGAAGGUGGAGGACGGGGGGAAAAGCUCCAGUAGAACUCUUCAGUCACAGAGCGGAGAGGAGUCCGACAGCGACGACAGUUGCAGCGACUCGUCUGAGGAGAGUGAGGACUCUGAGGCUGAAGGGAAGGACUGUGCUGACAGAACAGAGGGAGGAGCAGGAGGAGGAGAGCGAGCCAAGGCCAUCCCCAUCCAGCCCCAGCCUGACUACCCUCAAUCUCCUGCCCUGGCUGCCCCAGCCUCCCCUUCCAUCCACCAGGAGUCCUGUGCUGCUCUCACAUCAGCCGAGAGGAAGCCCUGCGCCCUCCCCUCUGCUGUGGCUGGCCCAAGCCAGCUGAUCCAGGAGCUGGGAGAGAGGGUGGAGGAGGGGCUGUGGAUUUCAGCACAGCCUCAGGGCAGCAGGCAUUCCAGGAGCAGUGCACAGAGAGAGGCAGAGAGCGACUGUUCACAGCCUGCCACAGCCACAGCUACUGCCCGCACAGGGACAUUCCUAGAGCUGAGUCCUCGCAGAAACCCUCUGCUGAUUGUCAAAACAGAUACUGGUGACGGUCUUGAUGAGGAUGAUAUCGAUGAAGAUGACUAUUAGCAGGUGUCACAGAAAACAUUAAGGAACAUUACAUACAUGCAUGACAGCUGAUGUUGCGGAUGCUUAUUUGCCCACAGUCAAUAAUGACUUCUGUAUUGUUAUUUUUGUAUUUUCUAACUUCUAACAUGGAAAUGUUGAUUUUGUUUUUUAUGGAUACAUAGCAUGGCUCAGUUUAGUGUUAUAGCUCACUUGAGGAGUUUCAAAACCUUACAUACUUUGUGUCUAUGUGCAAAGUUUUUCAUACCAAGCUAAGCAUUUUGAUAAUAAAACUGAUUAUAUGUAUUAUGCAGAUUACUCAUGUAUUUUCAAGGGGAUGCAGCCAUUGCGUUGCACUUUGUUUGUAGGCUGUUAGAUUAGCAUAUGCAUUUCAUGCACAGCCAUUUCCUCUCAAGAAAGGAGAAGGUGUGGUUGUUGGGAGAUAAGAAACUGGACAGAUCCCAACAGGAAAUGUCAGCUGCUGCUUCAGAAUGUCUUUUGAGACAUUGAGUUCUCAUGUAGAAUGCAGUGACUUUCCCGCCAACACUGGUACACUCCAUGGUACCCUGCCAACACUAAAAACGUUUGUUUAAACUCAGAUAUGUGCUCACACAUUGUUACUGUCUGAACUGAAAUUACCACAUUUGUCUUAUUUUGGGAUAUGAGGAAAAUUUGACUGUUAAUUACUGGGUACUUGUCAUUGUUCAUUCAAGUGCUGGGGUAUUCAACCAGGGGUCCACGGGCAUUCUGCGAAUAUACAUACAUGUGGACACUACAUGUGGACACUACAUAUGGAGUUGGUCCCCCCUUUGCUGCUAUAACAGCCUCCACU